UAAAUCGGACGCGGUUUGGUAUACGGCCCUAGGUAGCGUUAGACCUUUGUUUUGUUUUCUUAGGAUGUUAGACAAUAGGUGGUUUGUGGUACAGCAAGUCAUUUACUACUUAUUGUUAUUUUAAAGUGCUUAUUGUUGUGUGAACAAUAAAUAAGACGUAAAGAAAGGAGUAGAUAAAGUAUCCUGGUUUUGGUAAUAAAUAGCGGUUAGCUAAUGUUGCUAACAAGCCGUUAUGUCGAGCUGAAGCUAGCUACCGUUAGCUAGCUAGCUAACAUCCGACUGUUGUUACCGUUAAUGAUGAACUAAAACUACACGCCAGUCGAACCGUGUCGACAAUGGACGUGAAUUUGACCAUUUCUCUAAUGAGGGGUCAGAUGGGGGUGGUGAUUGAGAAGGCCGUGAACACGGCGGUGGAGACGGUGUUGGGGGAGAUGAUCCGGGUGAUGAGCCUGAAGUUCGAGCAGCUCCGGAGGGAAAUGACGGCUAAAGAGAAGGAGAACGAGGACAUCAGGAAGAUGUUAGAGUCCACUCGGUGUCAGAUGAAGAUCCUGAGACAGAAAUAUGUUCAUUCACUAAACAGUAAAGAUGACCGACAUGCUUUUGCAACACACAGACACACACUGGGUCAGAUGAACACAGCUGGUCCACUGGACACGACCAGACACACAGCUGGUCCACUGGACACGAUCAGACCUACAGCUGGUCCACUGGACACGACCAGACACACAGCUGGUCCACUGGACACGACCAGACACACAGCUGGUCCCCUGGACACGACCAGGCAACUGGACCCGACCAGACACACAGCUGGUCUACUGGACCAGACCAGACACACAGCUGGUCCACUGGACACGACCAGACACAAAGCUGGUCCACUGGACACGACCAGACACACAGCCGCACCACUGGACACGACCAGACACACAGCUGCUCCACUGGACACGACCAGACACACAGCCGGUCAGCUGGACACGACCAGACACACAGCCGGUCAGCUGGACACGACCAGACACACAGCCGGUCAGCUGGACACGACCAGACACACAGCCGGUCAGCUGGACACAGCCGGUCCACUGGACCAAACCAGACACACAGCCGGAUCACUGGACACGACCAGAGCUCAUCAGGUUACAGCUGAUCAUGGGGUGCUACCCAGAAGACGUGCCUCAAACACUGGCUCACCCUGUGCUGAACCUCUCACACUUGCUCUCAAACCCCGAAACUCUGACGCGACUCCUGCAGCUCUGCCUAUGUCAAAAACUCAUAAAGUGAUCCAUGAAGCAGUCCCUACUGAGAGCUGCCAAAAUGCUGAAAUUUACAAUGAGGAGGUGUCAGGAAUAAAAGUACAUCUAAAAGUGGAGAACUCCAGCAUCACCAUACUAGAGAGCAUCGAUCCUCUUUGGGGUCAAACACCUCAAAUGUCCACAGAAACUGAAGCCAGAGAGAUAGCGGACCCAAACAUUCAGCCUGUGGUUCGUACAAACGAGGCACUGAACUCUGCUGUGGCAGACUGCAGAGAACCUGUUUUACAGAUCAAAGAGGAGGAAGCUGAGGUAGAAAUCAAGGUGAAGGAGGAACAAGCGGAGCCAUCCACUUCUGAGCUUCCCAGAAUUGAGCUACAUCAGCAUUUGUCUGGAGCAGGAAUGACCAUAGAGCUGCCAGUGACUCAACAGUGUAUUCAGAUACCUUCAGUCACUGAACCGACCUUCCUGGGUGUGGAUCCAAGCACAUAUUCUGAGUCACAGUUAGCUGUGGCAGAUACACAAAGGCUCAUGCAUCCGUUCUGUAAAGACCUAAUGCUGUAUGAGGAUUACAAGCGCAAACGUAUAGAAGUGCGUAAACGCAGCGAGACCCGACGGCGAGAGCUUGAGCGGACGCUACCACAGGCACUUCUGGCUGAUCUGGUGAAGGAACGUAGGGAAAAGACCCGGCUCCGGGUGGCCCGCUGGAGAGCGAAGCGCAAGCUGCAGGCCUGCCUGAUGGCACAAGCUGCACAAUUUAAUAGCACACAGGCUAUCUACACUCAGCGCAAUGGCAGGAGGAGAGAAGGACCUGCUCCACAGCAUGGGGGCAUUGGUUUUGGCACAGCUCAGUCUGAGACUGGUGUGUACACCAUGCCGCUGCAGAUGGGAACCAAUCCUCUACUGGCAGCACAAAGACUUGGCAUGGCUGAGGGUCAAACACAGCCUGGAGCCUCUGUGUUUGUGCAGCAGAGAACUUCAGCAGCUGGAUCUGAAACCUACCAGUGAAAUUGGCUUGGAAGAACCAUAUAGAGAGAACACACGUUUCUGAUCUGUACUUUUUAUAGUGUAUAUAUUUAUAGUUAUAAUCAUGAUUUGUCACCAUUAAAAGGUAACAAGGUGAAACUUGCUUAAUGGAUACUUUCUUGGCAAAAGUAAAUUCUUUCUGUUCUUAAACUUAUAUUUUGAUGAUGCUAGAAAGGAAUAUGUACACAGGGUGUCUCAAUCUCAAUCAAUGUGUUCACAAGAGUUCAUUGAACUGCUACACGAUGAAAGCUUCAGGCAUCACACGAAUCGUGUAUUUCCAACGAAACAAUAUCUGAAUUCUGAUUGAUAUGAAAGAUAAUGCAGGAAGGACAAACGUUAAAGGACUGGAUCAUGUGGCUUUGAAAACUACAUUUAUUGACCAGUUUCUGCCAGUUAAUAGGACAUAUUAUAAUUAUUUCUCUUGAUGUCCAUUUAUCUGGUUUUCCAAUUGUAAUCCAUGUCACUGUUUUCACCAAUGUCUAAUUAUUCCUUACAAUUAAACAGUUUUUUGUCAA